ACGGAGUUCUGACCCACUUAAAUAUUUCUCGAUCUCAGGUCACCCUAAAUUGAGAUCUAGAGUUUCGGCUUGAAACAAAGAACAGUGGACUUAUGUCAGCCAAUUUAUGGAAUAAAAUACAUAAAAUUAACGAGUUUAAAUCUCAAUUAUCUAAAGCGCUUAGUGAGGUAGACAAAUUAAAAGAGCUAGCUAUAUGGGAAAAUGGCAAGCUUGAAAAUCAAAUCGAUGCAGAGACACUUCGACGCUAUCGAAAGGCGAAGUCCAAGGAAGCUGAAGAACUUAAUAAGAAAAAAGAGCAUUUAAAAGCUGUACUGACGAACGAUGAAAACAAAAUUCUAAAAGAGUGUAAAACAGCAAGUGAGGAAAAAGCUGAGCGUUUGAAGUAUUUAAGAGCACAAGCUGAAUUGCUGGAAAAAAAAAAGAAAGAGACAGACGAAAAAAUUGCGCUUGAAAAGUAUGACCAGCGUCUUCGGGGAUUCUUUUUAGUGGCUGAUUCUAUGUCAAGCCCACAUAGGCCAUUCUGGCUUCUGAACAGACCAAUCUAUUCAUUCUUCUUAAACCACGUUUUGACCUUGUCACUUAUUGCUUAUUAAUUCUGACAUUUUUACAUAAUCGUAUGUGUGUUAAUUACUUACCAUAUUCAUCAUGUGUCUGUAAUUUAUUUUUGUGUGACUAUAAAUAUCAAUUUACGCUUGGCUCACUUGCCUUCUCCGAUCGCCUUAACUCUUCCUUCUUCGUUUUGUUUCACUGAUUUUCUGUUCAAAUUAAUUACUGCAUGAAAUAUGCAUAUUCAGAAUCCAUUCUCAUAUUUGUCCUAUUUAAUUCCGCUGUUUCCUAACACGACUUAUGUUGGUAUUAACAUACUAGGCAAACGAUCUAAUUGGAGUCAGAUAAAGUGUCACAAAACACUCAGCGAUGUUUUAGAAGAACAAGGAAUCUGUUUUAAACUGACUAUGUGGUAAAAAUAAAUAGGUUACUAUUCUUCAAUAUCAAACUUGUAGAUUUUACAAUAUGACUUCUUAAACAUAAACCACAUGCUAACGGAUAAGCAGGUUUGUCUUAAGGUUGGGAGAGGGGUUUAAAACUCAAGUAAUUUCAGAGUGUUGGUGAAAAAUGAAUAAUGAAAUUUGUGAACUUCGGAGUGGUUUCUUCACAGUAAAGUUUUAAAAAAAAUUGCUACAGAUGUGAAUAUUUAUUUCCCGUUACUUCAUACUGCGUAAUCAUGGUUUAAGCCUGAAUGUGCUGAAUUACGUCAGGAAUUAAGUAAACGUAGAGCUAAAGAAAUCGCUCGUGAUCUUUUAAUCCAAAUUGAAAUGAAACAGAAGCAAAAUCUUCUAGAGAAACGUCAAAAUGACUAUUUGGAUAAGCUCGUAUUAACUCACUCAAAGGAUAUGUCCAAUGAAGCUGAUGCGCAGAUGAUUGUAGAAGGAAAAAAGCGGAUCGCAAAUGUUUUAAGACAACAGAUAGAAAGAAAAGAGCAGGAGAAACUUGUAGAAAAAGCGGAGAAGCUGAAACAAGCAAACGCUUUGGAAGAAUUAAAUAAGCAACUGAAGCAAGAAAAAGAAGAUGAGGUAACAAAAAAGAAACUAAGGUUCUCUAAGGUGAAACUGGACUUGAACAAGUGUUUACAGGAAAAACUAUUGAGGAAAUCAGAAGAACGCAACCAAGAAGCUCAGUACGACAAUUUACUAACCCUUUUAAACCAACAAGUAGAUAAAGAGAGGAGUGGAAAGCAGAGGGACAAGACGUUUUGUAUCUUAGUCAGAGAGAAAUAUGAAAUUCGGUGUCGAUGGUGUUCUAAUGUUUAGCCCAGAUUCUGUAUGGUCAAUGUCUUAUGCAAAUGGAAGAAAAUCUUGCGGCAAAUUCCAGGGGGACCUUACCUCUUAAGUAGUAUCAUAAUGUAAACAAGACCGGAAAUUAAUUAUUGUGUUAGCAAACUAUUUUAUUCGAUUACUGAAGACAACGUGCUGAAUGAGAGAUGUUUCUUUUCUUUAAAGUAUGAUUACAAAUUGCUGACCUGACAAUGUGAAGGUAAUCAGAAAUAGGAUUUACUGAAAAAAAAUUUCCUUGGUUUUAAAUAGCCCAAAUAAAAAAACCAAUUCAAUCAUUCGACUUUUAGGUUACUUUAAAGAAAGAGGCGUUACAGUAUUUAGAGCAUGUUCGUAAUUCAAAAGAAGCCGAAAAGAUGUAUGAGGAAGAAAUUAGCAGAAGUAUUGACGAACAUAUUGCAAAGCAACAAAAUCUUGGUCACCAUAAGAAAAUGCAGCUUCUAGUAGCUAGAGAAAAUUUGAAAAAUGAUGUAAACGAAGUAUGUCGACAACAAAUAAUGGAAAGAAGAAAAAGGCAGGAUGAAGAAAAACUUGAACACAUAGAAGUGAAACAACUGAACGAAGUUAUUGAACGAAUGAAGUUAGAUUCUAAGUAUGAGCUGCAGUUGCGACGCCAGAAUGUUGAGACAUAUCGUAACGCCUUAGAACGACAAAUUGCUGACCAGCGAACUAGAUACCAACAACUAAUAGCUGACAAUGCACGGGAGUUUGAGAAGAAUAAGAAAACAGAGGAACAGCUCACCGAACUUGUGCAUAAUAUCGUUAAUUCAAAUGAAACUGACUACAACAGACAUCUAUGGCAAAAACUGUUGACUACUGGUCACUGGUCUAUUCCAGUGUGGGAUGGUGAACCUCAAAUAUCGAAAUUUGCAAGUGCAAGGUAUUAAACCAGAAAAUUAAUAUUAUCCAACGUAUUUGACUGUUUUCACCAUAAAUCUAAGAGGAAUUAUUACUAUUGCCGUUGUUGUUGUAAUUGAAACAUGUUAAACCACGUGAUUUUACUAAAGCAUCAUUGAGUAAUUUGCUCAAUGAAAAUGAAAAAAGAUCAUUUAUUCUA